GAAGGCGUGACGUGGGGUCGAGAGCGGGAUCAGAGGCGAGCAGCUCUCAGCAGUCGCUGUGGCCGCAGCUGCCGGGCCUGGGGACGCGGGUGGCCGGGGCCGCGGGCGCAGCCUCCUCGUCUCCCCGGCCAUGGCUGCGCUCGGCCGGCCCUUCAGCGGCCUCCCCCUGAGCGGCGGCCCGGACUUCCUGCAGCCGCCGCCGGCCUUCUCCGGCCGGGCCUUCCCGCCGGGAGCGGACGGCGCCGAGCUGGUUCCGCGGCCGGGACUCCGCGCCGCCCCGAGCAGCCCCGGCGGGAGCGCGGCGCGCGGACGUGUGUCAGUUCGCUGUAAAAAGAAACACAAGCGAGAGGAGGAGGAUGAUGAUUGUCCAGUAAGAAAGAAAAGGCUAACUGAAGCAGGGCUCUGUGCUGGUCCUAACGACUGGAUUCUUUGUGCACAUCAGGCUAUAGAGAGUCAUGGAGUAAAUCCGUGCACUAGUGGCCUCUCUGCACCUGGCAUGUUAGAUGUUAUUUGUGAAGAAAUGGAUCAGACAACCGGAGAACCACAGUGUGAAGUUGCCCGAAGGAGGCUUCAAGAAAUCGAGGACAGGAUAAUUGAUGAAGAUGAAGAAGUGGAAGCUGACAGAAAUAUUAACUAUCUCCCCAGUCUUGUUCUUUCUGAUACCAUGAAAACAGGUUUGAAGAGGGAAUUUGAUGAAGUCUUUACGAAGAAAAUGAUUGAGUCCAUGAGCCGUCCUUCCAUGGAGCUCGUGCUCUGGAAACCUCUCCCUGAACUCCUUUCUAAUAAGCCAAAGCCGUCAUCUAAUGCUAAGAACUACACGGGAGAGAGCCAAACUAAGCAUGCAGCUGCCAGCACUGCCUUCCCUGGGAGAACUGAACUGUUCUUGGAACCUCGGCAAACAGGGAUGCCUGUUUACAAUAGUUUGGAGACAGCUGCUUGCACAGAAGAAGAGAUGGAACUCUAGAAACCAGUUUCUAUGCUAAAAGUUGUCAAAUUUUAGAAGGCUCAUGUGUUUAGUAGUGAGUCUAGUUGUAUUUGUAUAGUGUAGGGACUUGAAAGUUUUAUGAAACGGGUGUAAUAAUAUCUCCACCUGUGAUUUGGGGUGGGACUCUAAUUUUGGGUAGCCAUUUCGUGAAUCCAACUUUUUGCCAAGGAAGCUUGUCUCAAACAGUUUUCCACGGGGCUUAUUAAGGAAAUGGAAAUUACAGCCCGCAAAGGCAAGUAUGGAAGCUGUGUGUCUAAGGGUGACUUAAGUCAUCAGUCACAUUGUCUAAACCAUUCAGAUAGUUGGCGAAUAUUCAGACACUUGAAUUUGAAACAAUGCAUUAAGAAAGAAGGAUGCUCCUACUAUGACUGUAUCCUGACAGCCAAGUCAGAACUGUGUCUAUAGAUCGGAGCUCGUUUACAGUGGUGACAUAUUAUAUAUGAUUGGGAAGAGGAGGAAGGAAAGCAGUAGUGUAGACUAUUGCUAAGAUUUAACAGAGGCUCUGAAGCUUAUAUAUUGUCAAUUCUGUGUAGCUGCAUUGAUUAAAUAGCAUUGUGGCUCACUUCUUAGCCUCUGAAAAUGUAAUGAAAAUACAAAGAAAAGGUUUUUCCUUCAAGGCUUUUUUGCCUUGUGCUACUGUUGCUCCUUGGUUUCCCUUGCAUAAUUGAUAAGCCCAGUUAUUCAGGAAUGUUUACAAAUUAAUUAACUUUGAGCGAUUGUUAAAAAGUGAUUGUGAGGUAACCCAUGUGCAAAUUGGCUAUGGGAGAAGCCUCCCUUAAGUAAUCCCAAGAACUGCCAAGUGUGGGAAGCCCAGCACUGAUAGGUAUUUUUUUAAAAAGGUUUACCUAUAUUAGCAAGUUGAGUAUUUUUAGUGUUAAUGUAGAAAACAAUGACGAUAAUUAACUGAAAACAUAUGGGUAAGUGACACUGAGAGUUACUGAACUAGCCACUUUGCCUGGUGCUUUAGCUGUUGUGCAGUAAACCUCAGAGUUAAUAGAGAAUAGCUUCCUGCUAGCAGGACAUCUUCAUCUUGAGGAACUAAACCAGGCUCAAGGUGCCCUUUAGGGAUAACCAGGAUUGAAGUUUUUUAUUUCUCAGGAAGGGCUCUUCUGUGUGGCAAGGACUCAGUAGUGCCAAGUAAAAUAACACUUCCUUUAGUGCUACUGAAUAUCCACUAUAACUUAUUAAAUGAGUGUAAUAGUGUAAUACUGGCCCUUACAUCACACAACAGAAGACCACCCCAGUUCUUUUUGUUUUGUUUUCUGGGUUUCUUCCCCCUUUGUAGGAAUCAGAUACCUUGUAUAGGAAAAAAAUGGCUUAUGCCAAGUAGAGGUGACUUUUUAGAAACCAGCUCCCAGGCAUUUUAGAAACCCAUGCUGAAAUCCCUCCCCUUGUUACAGAUGGCGUAGAAAUAACAAGUCUGUUAAUUGGACUGUUUCUUCCCUUGCCUGUUGUUCCUGCUUUCUCUGUUUCUGUCUGGAUAGUCAGGAAAAAAUUUAAUGUUUAAUAUUUAAACAAUAUUUAAUAUCUACACAGUAAAAUUAUUCAAACUUCAAA